GGAGGAGGAGGAGGCGCCAGGCUGUUGCUGCUGCUGUUGCAGGUUCAUGUGCAUAUAAUGAAAAGGCACUUGACAGUCUGCCAAAACGCACGAGAGGGAGAGGGAGAGAAACUGGACCUACUGGAUUUCGCAAAGCCAAUCGUCAUCAUCUGCAUCUACAUGGGGAAGGAGGAGGAGGAGGAGGAGGAGGUGGGAUCAGCAGCUCCAGCCGCUGCUGCUCCAAUGUGAAACCACAAGCAAAAAGGGGGGGAUCCAAAAAAAAAAAAGGCGACAGAGAAAGAGGCGGAGGGGGGGGGGAGAGGCGGCUCCGUGUGCAAUUUCUCUCCCUUUUCCCUGCGGAUUUCUCUUCCUCUGGCAGCUAUGAAUUCCGCCGAACAGACCGUUACGUGGCUGAUUACCUUGGGGGUGCUGGAGUCGCCCAAAAAAACCAUUUCGGACCCGGAGGGCUUUUUGCAGUCGUCUCUGAAAGAUGGGGUGGUCCUCUGCAGGCUGCUGGACCGCCUGCUCCCUGGGACCAUAGAGAAAGUUUAUCCGGAGCCCCGGAGCGAGAGCGAGUGUCUGAGCAACAUCCGCGAGUUCCUGAGAGGCUGCGGGUCCUCCCUUCGCCUAGAAACAUUUGAUGCAAAUGAUCUAUAUCAGGGACAGAACUUUAACAAGGUUCUCAGCUCCUUAGUCACUCUAAAUAAAGUCACAGCAGACAUUGGGCUGGGAAGUGACUCUGUAUGUGCUCGGCCCUCAUCUCAUCGAAUAAAGUCCUUUGAUUCCCUUGGAUCUCAGUCUUUACUCAGUCGGACUUCAAAGUUGUUCCAGGGCCAGUAUCGAAGUUUGGACAUGACGGAUAAUAGCAACCAUCAACUGGUGGUGAGAGCAAAAUUUAAUUUCCAACAAACAAAUGAAGAUGAACUUUCUUUUACAAAAGGAGACAUCAUCCAUGUCACAAGAGUAGAAGAAGGGGGCUGGUGGGAGGGCACUCACAAUGGCAAAACAGGCUGGUUCCCUAGCAACUACGUCCGAGAAAUCAAAUCAAAUGAAAAGCCAGUGUCCCCCAAAUCAGGAGCAUUAAAGAGCCCUCCUAAAGGAUUUGAUACAUCUGCAAUUAACAAAAGUUAUUACAAUGUGGUGCUACAGAAUAUUUUAGAAACAGAAAAUGAAUAUUCUAAAGAACUACAGACUAUUCUUUCAACUUACCUGCGACCAUUACAGUCCAGUGAAAAGUUAAACUCAACAAAUAUUUUAUACUUAAUGGGAAAUCUAGAAGAAAUAAGUUCUUUCCAGCAAAUGCUUGUACAGUCUUUAGAAGAAUGCACCAAGUUGCCUGAAGCUCAGCAGAGAGUUGGAGGCUGUUUUCUAAAUCUGAUGCCACAAAUGAAAACCUUGUACCUUGCAUACUGUGCCAAUCACCCAUCAGCAGUAAAUGUUCUCACAGAACACAGUGAGGAUUUGGGAGAAUUUAUGGAGAUGAAAGGCGCCAACAGUCCUGGGAUUCUUGUGUUGACCACAGGCCUCAGCAAACCUUUUAUGCGCCUGGAUAAAUACCCUACUUUACUCAAAGAACUUGAAAGACAUAUGGAGGAUUAUCAUCCAGAUCGGCAAGAUAUUCAGAAGUCAAUGACAGCCUUCAAAAAUCUUUCUGCACAGUGUCAAGAAGUACGAAAAAGGAAAGAACUUGAACUCCAGAUUCUGACAGAAGCAAUUCGCUGCUGGGAGGGAGAUGACAUUAAAACCUUGGGCAAUGUCAUAUACAUGUCCCAGGUCAUGAUUCAGUGUGCAGGAAAUGAGGAAAAGAAUGAAAGAUAUCUUCUACUCUUCCCUAACAUUUUAUUAAUGUUGUCUGCCAGUCCUAGGAUGAGCGGUUUUAUCUAUCAGGGAAAGCUACCAAUGACAGGAACGACAAUCACAAAGCUGGAAGACAGUGAAAACCAUAAAAAUGCAUUUGAAAUAGCAGGAAGCAUGAUUGAGCGGAUAUUAGUAUCAUGCAACAACCAGCAAGACCUUCAUGAAUGGGUGGAUCAUCUGCAGAAGCAAACUAAAGUCACAACUAUUGGAAAUCCCACUAUUAAGCCUCACUCUGUGCCAUCUCAUACUCUUCCUUCCCAUCCAAUCACACCAUCCAGCAAACAUUCAGACAGCAAGCCAGUGCCACUGACUCCUGCAUACCACACGCUCCCACACCCUUCACAUCAUGGGACUCCACAUACCACAAUUAAUUGGGGACCUCUGGAGCCUCCUAAAACUCCCAAACCUUGGAGCCUGAGCUGCCUGCGACCUGCACCUCCUCUACGGCCUUCAGCUGCUCUCUGUUACAAAGAGAGGAUGUCUUGUAUUCUGAAGGAUCUCAGUAAGAGCCCUAAGACCAUGAAAAAACUGCUACCCAAGCGCAAACCCGAACGGAAACCAUCUGAUGAGGAGUUUGCAUUGAGGAAAAGUACAGCUGCCUUGGAAGAAGAUGCCCAGAUUCUAAAAGUUAUUGAAGCAUAUUGCACAAGUGCCAAAACCCGCCAAACACUCAAUUCAAGGUGGCUGUAAUUCCAGGUGACUGUAAUCUGCCUCUCCCUUUAUCUCCCCUCCAAGCCCCCAACCAUAUCUAUACAUGCACAAAUCUAUGGAUUCAGUGUCCUGCUUUUCUUUUUUAUAAAGCUCUGGCACAAUUGAUAUAUUUAUUUCUUUUCCUGGAUGGUAGAGCCUGUUGCUCACCAGCUCAAAGGUGCUAAUGAAUCUCUGCUAGACCUGAGAGAAAAAUCCAAUAGACUUAUUACUUUGUUUUUUUAAUGUAAUGAAUUGGUUAUACAAGGAAGGUGAGUCUUAAUGAUAUAAUUCAGCAAAGCUGCUCAUCUCAGAAAUUUCAGUUGACUGCAGUGUAGCCACUGAUUUAUUUUCCCAGUAUUUUCAUAUUUGAAAGAAGGUUGGCCAAUGCAAAUUGAAAAGUUCACCAAAAAAAUAUACUUUAAGAAUCCAGAGUCCUUUCUUCAUAUUCCAAGUUGACAGUACUACAAUAUAUGUGCUCAUUUUGUAAUGCAAUGAAUCUAAAAAUAAUUUAGUUUUUAAUUUUCAUAUCAUAAUUAUCUUUUUUAUGAUAUUUAACUUGUGGGGCAAAUAUUUAUUAAUGCUUUCUUCAUUGUUUUCAAGGCCAUUACUUAGAAGAACUCUGUCAUAUGUCUGUUUACUAUGUAACUGUAUCUAUUAUCACAAUAUUGAAAUAUAGUUCCUGCACUUGAAUUUUUCUUUAUAACACUUAGGAACUUUUUGGUAAUACAGAUCUGAAGUUUUUAUUAAUGCUUUAUGCACCAAAGUAUAUUUAUUGUAGAAGGUAAUUAACAUCAUUAUGGUGAUUUUUUUGUUGUUGUGGAAGCUAAGAUCACUACAGAAUACGAAAAAUCCAGUGGGUUGGUUGGUUGGUUGGUUUUUGGGGUUUUUUUGGUUGUCCAUUGGGUUUUUAAUUUGUUUUGGUUUUGUGUUACACCGUUAACUGUUGUGAACUGGUUUAAAAGUAUUAGUGCUGCAGGCUUUAACAAACUAACAAAAAGAUAUACCAGUGUGGCAAUGGUGGUAUGCAGUCCAAAGGUUCAGUGUUUCUAUUUUUGUGGAACUUAAGAUGAUAAUAGUACCUUAUGUUUAUGCAAUUCUGUAAUAUAUGUGUACAGUUAGUAUAAUAAUGAACGAAUGAAGAAAAUGAUUUAGAAGGUAGGUGUGAGCCAUUGUCAGUACUUUUACACAUGGCUUAAAUGAUGUUUCCAAUGAAUUAGUAUUUACCAUAAAUUCACAUUAUGAUCUAUUACUUGAGUGUUUUGCAUAAAGUUGCCAAAACACAGUAACAUGUAUAUAGUGACAUAAAACAUCGAAAUAUAUAUACAUAUUUAUAUAUAUUGUGGAUUUUAUUUGUGAAUGGGAAAAGCCAUCUUUUAGUAGGUGACUGCCGUUUGAGAAUACAAAUUGGAUGUAUAUCUGAAUGUUGCAUUGUAUUGUACAGUAUGCAUAUUAUUGUUUGUGGUUGCAUAUGGCAAUGAAGUGUUUGUUUUAUAAAAAAAGACAUCUGUUAUGUACAGUUGAAAUAAAUUUUGCAUUUGCUAGCCUGUGGCUUUUAAUAUUUAAUUGUCACAUGGGGGAAAACAGAAUAGCUUAAAGAUUUAUGUUAUUUGGCUGUUCUAAAAAUCACAUUGCAUAAAUGAAAGCCAGAUGAUAAAGCAUUUUUUUAAAAAUCCCUCUCUGGCAGUAGAGUUUGCAUUUUCCCAGAGUUAAAGAUGUUCUAGAUAAUGUUUGGUCAUUCCUUUAAAUUUAUUUGUUCUUCCAUCUAUUUCUUUCUAACUUUUUCUUCCAAAAAUAAUUCAACCACCAAAAGUUUAAUCUUUCACAGAAAAUACACUUCCCUCCCCCACCCCAAUUUGACAUAAAUGGAGAUAAGAACAACUUAAAAAAAAAAUAAUGAACCACAAAGUCCUUGCAAGUUCUCUCUGACAUUGAUUAGGAAGUGGGAGAGUUGGGUAAAAAAAAUAUAUAUAUGAAGGUUUCACUAAAAGAAUAUUAGACUUGCCAGAGACCAAAAAAAUUAGCAUUUUAUUAUAAACUUACCUAGCAGCCAUGUCCAUGUCAGCACCUGGAGAAUUUGUAUUAAAGACUUAGGUUUCUCUGAGAAAUGAAUGAGGCCAUAUUAUUUCCUUUAAAAAAAUAAAUGAAAAUAGAUAAAUAUUAGAAAUGUUUUUAUUAGAAGACAUUUCACAUAUACAAUAUGUAAAUAAUCUUGCCCCUCUUGCCAGGCUUUCUCUGGGCUCAACUGCAUAAACAGCCUCUUAGAAACUUAAGUCUGGGGCAGCUUGGUGGUUUAGUGGAUAAAACACCAGCCCUGGAUUCAGGAGGACCUGAGUUCAAAUCCAGCCUCAGACAUUUGCCACUUACUAGCUGUGUGACCCUGGGCAAGUCACUUAACCCUCAUUGCCCCACAAAAAAAAAAAAUUAAAAACUUAAGUCUGUUUUAGGCUGUGGUUCUACCACAAACCCAUUUUGAAUAUGGGAAUCGCAUUUUGUUAAACCUCUGGCUAUUAGGGAUUUUGGUAAAAUAUUAUUAUUUUUAAUAGAGUUUAAUGAAAUAUAUAUUAACCUGGCAGUUAGCCCACAGUGUAGCCUUGGGCAGGUUGUUUCAGCUCCCUUAGUCUGUUUGUUGAUUUGUAAAAUAAAGGAGUUGGGCUAGAGGAUCUUUAAUAGAUAGAUAGAUAGAUAUCUUCUUUCUCUGAAGUUUUGUGAGUCUAUAAUUGAUUGUUUGAAUUUACAUUUCCCCCCUAAAACCAGUUUGUCUAGGUUUGCAUAAACACAGCUUUAUAGGAUUAUGGAUGUUGUUUCAUCAAAAAUAAAUAUUUAUGACUUUUUCUGGGAGGGUGAUUUUUAAUUCAUUUCUGUAAUACAGAUUUAGGGGGAAAAUCACCAUGACAACAUCUAAAAAGAUUAAUUUUGAUUCCCAUUUUUACAAUUUUGUAAGGCACUUUCUCAGCUUGGCAACUUUUUAAAGUUUAAGUAAGAAAUUAACCAUUGUACUUGUCAGUGUGACAGUGAUAGCUGUUGUUAUAACUUACCUUAUGUAGCCUUUAAAUGUUUAUAAAUACUGAAAAAUAAUACCUCAUUACUUUAAUAUGCUCAAAUUUAGAAUUUCAUAAUUUGCAGUAUAUUAAGAAAGGGGAUAGAUUAUCAUUAUCAUGGGGACCUUUCUGGCUAUAAUCAUUUAAAUCUUCACAUAAAAGCUUCCCCACAAGCAGUGUCUGAAAACCGAUGUUUUAACUAAUAACAGUUUUAAGGACUCAAAUGCUCAUAGCUGAGGGAAAUAGAAGUCCAAUCUUGAGUUUACCUAUUGACACUCAUAUAUACAUUCAUAUUCAUGUGCACAUAUGCAUGUACAAAGGGUAUAAAAUGCAUAUGGAGCAUAGGAACAGUGAUAGCCAAGGGAGUAUGUGUAUUAAUGAGCAUUUCUUAGGAGAUUUUAUUUUUUAAAACAAGAUAACCUAUAUAUUGCUAAAUAAAAGUUAUCAUGUCUUAUAUUUUAAGGAGAUUUUUGUUUUUCUUUUAAAAAUUCCUAUGGCAAAUUCUGUUAUCCCAAAAUGUAUAAAUGCUAGUAUUUUUAUUAGUUAAUCUUCACAAUGCCAGUUCUCCAAAGUAGAUUGGUAUUGUCAUUACAUUUUAGAUAUAAAGAAACUGGGGCGUAGAGAUUAAGUGAUUUGAUCAGUGUUUUUGAUCUUUUUAAAAAAAACAAAAACAAGAUAUCCACACUUCCUCUAUGAAAUAGCACUUUACUAUGGAUCACAUAAUAGUCUCAUUUGAAGACAAAUGGCAAGUGUGCCAAGUGUAAUUCGUUUUCAUUCCCCCUCUCCCUCUCCCUCCCCCACACCUCUCUCUCUCUCCCUCCCUCCUUCCUUCCCUCCCUCUCUUUGGAAGCCAUAGUAAAACCUGCAUUGAAAACCAGUUUGAUCAAGCCUCAUGAAAUAAUUUGAAUUAACCUUGGAAACUGUAUUUUAUAUAGCAACCACAGUGUUUUGAAUACACUGCAGUAUGAAAUGAUCUUAUUUUUUAAAGCUAUUGUAAUCCUAUUCCAUUUUGAGGAUGUGUGGAAUUACAAAUUGAAUGUGACAGAUAAAUACGCAAUAAGUGGUCUUUUGAACACAGUGCAGGAAUCAUCUGUUGGGAAUCAGAGUGAUGUAAAUUGGGUUUAUUGAUAACAGUGGGAAAAUUUACGUGGCUAAGCCUUCUAUUCCAAUGAGUACUAACUUCAUCAGUCUGAUGCUCUUUGCAUGGAGAAGUAAGAGACUGUUCCCCUCCUACAUAUGUGGAAUAGCCAUGUGAAUCCUGUGCACAUUUUGGUACAUUUGUAAAUAAAUAAAAAACCCUAAACUCUUCUUAUGGUAAUGAGACUAACACUUUUUUUUCAUGUUAAAAGUAGCUUUCUGAGUUUUUCAUAUGAAUUCUGGAUCAGGGUUGUUGUAAGGAUCAAAAGAAAUAACAAACUUGAGUUCUCAUUAUCAUCAUGAUCAUUAUUAAUGUUAAUCUAGCAAUUUUCUAAAUGCUUUCCCUGUCACUUGUUUUUGGUGCCAAUUUCUCUCCCUAGUAGCCACUUUCCAUGUGGUUUUUCUGGCCCAGAUACAUUUCCAUUAGCAAAGUGAGGGCUUUCUAGUUAAAGAUGUUGUAGAAGAGAAGUUUGAAGAUAUCUCAUGCAUCUGCCAGUCUGAGGAAUGAAGGACUCCAAUUUAUAUCAAGUGGAUACUCAUGAGGUGUUGGGUUUUUUAAAUGUUGUCAAAAGAUCACUCCUAGGAUUGAUUACUUUUGGAGAAAAGAUUAUGAGGAAUAGACUGAAUUAGCUUUAGAGUGAUGAUUAUAUGUCUCCUCAGUUAGUAUAUAAUAUCUAUAAAGGUGGGUAGUGUGAACAAUUCAGUAGUUUGCUGCUCUAAACAAAAGUGUGAUACAUCAGUUGGAAUACUGAAUGACAUUUUUUUCCAAAGAACAUUGGGAGGAGGGUCUUCCUUGAAAUAGCAUUUAAGUAAUUUAAUAACAAACAUUACAGAAAUAGAUUUGGUGCAUUCAGAACUGUAUUCUUUAUUCACCUGUACAGGUCUUAGUUAUUUCCAGGUAUCAUCCACAGGUCUAAAUAUUGCAUGUGACAGCACUGAAAUUACUCUGAAGCUUCUUUCCUUAUUUUUUUUUUAGUGAAAAAUAUGACUAGCACCUAAUAAUGUGUUUCAGAGUACACAGCAGUGCCCCCAGAUAAUCUGUGCUCAAAAUAUGAUUUAAAAAUAUCUUUAUAUAGUAGGAGCAUCUUAUAAAGUCUUUGAAUUUAUGUUUUGAUGCUUGGUAAAUCCUUUGAUUCAUUCAGAAGAGUAGAAACUUAAAAUUAGACACAAGUCACUAGGCCUUCUUUGUAGUCACUGAUAAUUCAAUAACCUUUUGGUUUUAUGUGGAUUUUUUUCUUUUGAUAACAUGUAGCACAGCUCUGUGACCACAGAGGUGUUCAGUAAAUGUUCUUAAGAGAUAACUGACUAGGGGCAGCUAGAUGGCGCAGUGGAUAGAGCACCGGCCCUGGAUUCAGGAGUACCUGAGUUCAAAUCCGGCCUCAGACACUUAACACUUACUAGCUGUGUGACCCUGGGCAAGUCACUUAACCCCAGUUGCCCCUCAAAAAAACAAAAACAAACAAAAAAGAGAUAACUGACUAGUGAAAACAAAGAAUGGAAAUCCUGAAAUUGAAGGGCCCAAAAUGAAACAAUUUACAUUACUUUCUAAACAGAUAGGUCCAUAUAAUGUGGCCCAACAAAUAGAUUUAAUUGUUACUAUCAUCUCUCACAUCUGCCAUUUCCCCAUUUUAAAAAAAUAUCUUCCUUGAUUUCUUGGGCUUCUUAGAACAAUGCAGACUUCAUCCCUUCAACAUACAUUUAGUGACCACCUACUGUGUACCAAUUCACUGUGCUAGGUACUAAUCAGAUUAGCAUCCCUAAUCUGUUGUCCUACUUUCUUAUUUUUUAAUUUAGACAGUUGUUUAUGUUCCUGAGAAUUUAGAAGAUAAUUUACAAGGAUCCACUAAAUGAAAUUUGAUUUUGUUCUAAUUCAGAUACCACAAUAGUUCUAUUAUUCUAUCCCUUUUCAAACUUCAUUUUAGAUUUAAAGGUUUUAAUGGUCAUGUAUAUGUGUGUUUUUUUAAAUGUAUAUUACUAUGGCCAAUGUGUAUGUUUGUUUAUUUUUUUUAAAUGUGUAUACCAGUUUGAUGUUGCUAUAAAGGGCAGCAGUAUGGCCCAAAGUUUUUUUAUUCAUUCCCUAAUGAAAAAUAUGUUUUAAAGAAAAGCCCAUGACAAGUUUUCAGUCUAAGAUGAUCUAGAGGAUUGUUUUUUCUUUUUCCUUUGUACUCUCAAGGAAGAGUCUUAGAGUUAAUAGAGAAAGGAAAAUGGUGCUAUGGCCUGGGAUUGGCUCCAAGUGACUCAAAUACAGUAGACUCAGAUUCCAAUAGAAAUAUCAUAGAUGAUACAAAAUGCCUGGCCCUGAGAAUUAUAGUAGUUGAGAACUUGUAAAUGUAAAAUCCUUUUGCUUAGUAUUGGCAUCACACUUAC